UUGGUUAAGUCCCAAAGUUCCUCCUGUGAGCAGGGAAUUCCUGGCAGCAGCGUCUCUCCCAGAGUUGCCCCUGGCACAUGGGAUGGCUGUGGCCGAGUCUGGAUUCUCCCGGAUUCCCCCAGACUCCCCCAGAUUCCCACUGGGCUGUUUUCCCUCCGCAGCAACAGCGCGGCGUGUUCCAGUGCCGUGAGGAAACCGGCCAUUUCCCUGGCUGACAGCACGGACCUGAGGGUACUGCUGAACAUCAUGUACCUGAUCGUGGAGACCGUGCGCCAGGAGGCCGAGGGGGACAAACCUGAGUGGAAGAGCAUGAGACAAACAUUCCGAGCGGAGCUGGGAGCCCCCCUGUACAACAACGAGCCCUUCUCCGUGAUGCUCUUUGGGAUGGUGACCAAGUUCUGCAGCGGCCACGCUCCGCAUUUCCCCAUGAAGAAGGUGCUGCUCCUGCUCUGGAAGACUGUGCUGUGCACCCUGGGGGGCUUUGAGGAGCUGCAGAGCAUGAAGGCGGAGAAGAGGGAGAUCCUGGGGCUGCCCCCGCUCCCAGAGGACAGUAUCCAGGUGAUCCGGAACAUGAGGGCGGCAUCGCCCCCGGCAUCCGCCUCCGACCUCAUCGAGCAGCAGCAGAAACGCGGCCGCAGGGAGCACAAGGCCCUCAUCAAGCAGGACAACCUGGACGCCUUCAACGAGCGCGAUCCCUACAAAGCCGACGACUCCCGGGAGGAGGAGGAGGAGAACGACGACGACAACAGCCUGGAGGGGGAGACCUUCCCCCUGGAGCGGGAUGAAGUGAUGCCCCCCCCCACCCAGCACCCCCCCAGCGAGCGCAUCACCUGCCCCAAGGGGCUGCCCUGGGCCCCCAAGGUCCGGGAGAAGGACAUUGAGAUGUUCCUGGAGUCCAGCAGGAGCAAAUUCAUCGGAUACACCUUGGGCAGUGACACCAACACGGUGGUGGGUCUGCCCCGGCCCAUCCACGAGAGCAUCCGCACCCUGAAGCUGCACAAGUACACAUCCAUUGCCGAGGUCCAGGUGCACAUGGAAGAUGAAUUCCUGCGCUCCCCACUGUCUGGAGGGGAAGAGGAAGUGGAGCAAGUCCCUGCUGAGAUCCUGUACCAGGGCCUGCUGCCCAGCCUGCCCCAGUACAUGAUUGCUCUCCUGAAGAUCCUCCUGGCUGCAGCCCCCACCUCCAAAGCCAAGACAGACUCCAUCAACAUCCUGGCAGACGUGCUGCCGGAGGAGAUGCCGACCACGGUGCUGCAGAGCAUGAAGCUGGGCGUGGACGUCAACCGGCACAAGGAGAUCAUCGUCAAGGCCAUCUCUGCCGUGCUGCUGCUCCUGCUCAAGCACUUCAAACUCAACCACAUCUACCAGUUCGAGUACAUGGCCCAGCACCUGGUCUUUGCCAACUGCAUCCCGCUCAUCCUUAAGUUCUUCAACCAGAACAUCAUGUCCUACAUCACUGCCAAGAACAGCAUCUCUGUGCUGGACUACCCCUACUGUGUGGUGCACGAGCUGCCGGAGCUGACGGCCGAGAGCCUGGAGGCCGGAGACAACAACCAGUUCUGCUGGAGGAACCUCUUCUCCUGCAUCAACCUCCUGCGCAUCCUGAACAAACUGACCAAGUGGAAGCAUUCCCGCACCAUGAUGCUGGUGGUGUUCAAGUCGGCGCCGAUCCUGAAGCGGGCGCUGAAGGUGAAGCAGGCCAUGCUGCAGCUCUACGUGCUCAAGCUGCUCAAGGUGCAGACCAAGUACCUGGGGCGCCAGUGGAGGAAGAGCAACAUGAAAACCAUGUCAGCCAUCUACCAGAAGGUUCGGCACCGCCUCAACGACGACUGGGCCUACGGCAACGACCUGGAUGCCCGUCCCUGGGACUUCCAGGCGGAGGAAUGUGCCCUCCGUGCCAGCAUCGAGCGCUUCAACGCGCGGCGCUACGACCGCGCCCACGGCAACCCCGAGUUCGUGCCGGUGGACAACUGCCUGCAGAGCGUGCUGGGCCAGCGAGUGGAGCUGCCCGAGGACUUCCAGGUCAACUACGACCUGUGGCUGGAGAGGGAGGUCUUCUCCAGGCCCAUCUCCUGGGAGGAGCUGCUGCAGUGACGGGGACAUGGACACGGGGCGGGGGCAGGGAGCGGGUCUGGGGGGCCUGGGGGUGUCUGGAGACCUGGGGGGGUGGGGAAUAGGGUGGGGCUGGGGGGUCCUUGCUGAGGUGCCAUCCUGCCCCUCUGCCCCCUUCCAGGCUCGUCCCGCAGCUGAGGGUGGGGGGCUCUGGUGCCCUGGGGGGUUCCCGUCGGGUGAGGGGGUCUGUGCCCACCCCGGGGUAGAUCCCCCCACCCCAAAGGCAGUGCCCCCCGGGAUCUGCCCAUCUCUGGGCAGGGAUGUGCCUCCCCCGGGCAGAUUGACCCCCCCUGGGGCUGUGCCCACCCCUGAGGUUGCUUUCAGGGCCACCUCCCUCCCGCUGCCCUCUGCAGCCCAAACAGGGGGGUCAGUGUGGAAGGGGGUCCCUUGUGUGGGGCGAGAGGCUGACCCUGCCCAGCCCCUCCUGGGGGGCUCUGGGGGGCCAGGGGGGUGAGCUGUAUAUAAAUUAUAUAUAUUUGG